AUGCGGCCGUACGAGAACCGUGCGCCCAAUGACACGACACUCCGUACGCCGAACCGUGCGCCGAACGGUACGCCGGCGGAGAAGAAACGGAACGGCACGACGAGCGUCGUCCGGAAAGCAGCCAGCGCUGUCAAGAAGACACUCAGCUCGAUCACUGUAACGAAGACGAGGCUUAUAACGAAAAAGAGCACGCUAACGAGGACAACCGAGGCGGAAGGGGGGCCAUCGCCUCCCGCCAAGCGUAGAAAGCUCGAUAGCGCGGGUCACGAUCAGACUGGCAAGGGGGGCGGAGAGGAGGGAGAAGCAGGCAAGGAGGGGGAGAAGCAGGGCGUGUGGUGGUCGUUUAAACUUCCGGAAGUGAGCCUCAAAGACCCUAAUAAAUCGUUAAUGAGUGAGCUAGUAACGCGGAAGAUCGGCGGAGGUUCAGGGGUCAAGGACGGGGGUUUAGCGGCGAAGAACGUGAACGGAAUGGCGGAGGGGAAGGGGCCGGGGGCAGCGGCGGUGAAGGGCGCGGAUCAAUUAGUGGCGGCCCCCGGCCACGCGCGCGACUUUUCUUUCCGCCGCGACGUGCAAGCAACGUCACUCUUCCGUUCCAUACCAGUGCUCGCACAAGACAUCUACGCGCGCUUCCCCGGGAAGGUGGUGUACCGCCGCGAGCGCAAUGGGGUGGAGGCAGCAGCGAGGGAGCUCUAUGCAGCUGUUAAGAAUGGGGCCAACGACAGCAGCGGCAAAGUGGCGGUGGGGCUGGACUGCGAGUGGAAGCCCACGUGGGGGAAAGGCCCGGAGAAUCCCUGUGCACUGCUACAGCUCUGUGCCAACGCGGACGUCUGUUAUCUCUUCCAUCUCAAGUUCACCGGAGUUCCCGAGACUCUCCGUGCAUUUCUCAAGGAUGCUAGCGUGGUCAAGACAGGUGUAGGUGUGACAGAGGACGGCCGGAAGCUGAGGAAAGAUUUCGGUGUUGAGGUGAAUGGGCUGGUGGACUGUUCGCCUCUAGCACAGGAGAAGGCAGUGGUGCCGGAUGGAGGGCAGAUGGUGGGGCUCAAGACGCUCACCCGCCUUGUGCUGCAGAAAGAGCUCGCCAAACCAAAGAGAGUCCAGUGCAGCAACUGGGAGGGCUUCCCUCUUACUGAUGCCCAGCUUAUUUACGCGUCAACAGACGCGUUUGUGUCGCUGAGAAUCUUCCAGGAACUUGACGCCAUGCCGAGCCCGUGGGAGGGAGGAAAUGGACAUGUGUCGGCAGCAGUGGCAGAAUCUGCGAUGGCUGUAUCGGUGGCAGCUGCUGCAGCAGCAGCAGCAGCAGCAGCAGCAGCAGGAGGAGAAAGAGAAGAGGAUGACAAAAAGGAGAGGCAGGAGAAGACGAAUAAAGAGACAGUAGGAAAGCAGAAGGGGAAGGAGAGGGAGGAAAAGAAGGGGAAGGAGGGGGAGGAAAAGAAGGGGAACGAGGGGAAGAAGAGCGCGAAUGGGAAGGAGGGGCAAGCAGAUGUGGAAGCACAGACGGGGAAGAAGAGCAAGAGGAAGCAGGAGGCACCCGAGGAGGGCAAGAGCGCAGCAAGAGCAGAUGCUGGUGAAAGCAAAGCAGCAGAGGCAGACGGACCGAGAAAGAAGAGAAGAAAGCAAGGGAGCGCAGGGGAAGGCAAGGGUGAUGGUGGGAGCAGCGGCAGCAAGGUGGGGAGCUUGAAAGAAGCUGCUGCAGACACGGCGAGCAGGUGGAUGGAGCUGAUUAAAAAGGCCACCACACGACAAAAGUAG